AUGACUUCUACAUCUCAGAAAAAUUCUAACCCAUCUCCUAAGGAGCAGUUUGUAUUCGAUUGUGGCCAUAUGCUCCAGUUCUGUGAAAGAUUUAACAGGGCACCUAUAGAAGACCAAACCGAAUCGGUCUUAGAAGUCAAGUUGAAAGACUUAGACACUAGAUGGAACAAAGUAGAAGCUUCAUAUGAAAAAGUUAUAUUAGCUCAAGAUGAGUUAGUUAAGCCCGAAUUCAAAGAAGAGGCAAAGACGAAUUUUGAUGUGUGUGUAGACGCUUAUUACCAUUGUAUAUCCCAAAUUCUUAAUUUAAUGAAAGCUUUCCGAAUGGACAAUUCCAAUGUCCAAGGUUUUGAUACGUCUGCACGUUAUUCUCUCCCACCACAAGCUAUUACCCAAAAUAUGGCACCCGAUAAUUCUAAUAAUUGCAUUAAACUUCCUCCCUGUGACACUGAAGUUUUCAAAGGCAGUUAUGAACAAUGGCCAUCUUUCCGGGACAUGUUCACUGCAGUGUACAUAAAUCAUUCAAAACUUUCUCACGUCACAAAGUUAUAUCACCUUCGUAACAAAACGAAAGGUGAAGCAGGUGCAGUUGUAAAAAGAUAUCCACUUUCUCAUGAUAACUUUGAUUUGGCAUGGAAUGCUUUGAAAACUCGGUAUGAGAAUAAACGGGUACUUGUAGAUAACCAGAUUAAAAUCCUCUUUGAUAUCCCAGCAGCAACUAACGAAAACAGUGAGUCUAUUAGAAGAAUACAAUCUUCUGUUAAUGAUUCAUUAGCUACUCUUACAACUCUUGGAGUACAAGUGGAAAGUUGGGACCCAAUUCUCAUUCGUCUAAUAUCUACUAAAUUUCCAGAUUUAACCCUUUCUCUGUGGGAACAGUCACUUACAUCUCCUCGCGAUCUUCCUAAGUGGUCGCAAAUGUCUCAGUUUCUGGUAGAUCGAUACGAAGCUGUAGAACGCAUCGAUAGUAUUAGAACCUCAAAAGAUAACUUUAGCCUGAACAAAUCAAAAUCACCAAAUAUACAAGCGUAUACUUCACAUGAAAAUUUGAACGUAUCUUGCAUGUUAUGCAAUGAAGAUCAUAAUCUAAGAACUUGUCGUAAGUUUCGAAAAUUUUCAAUACAACAAAGAAUCGACUUUGUAUAUAAAAAUAACAUUUGCAAUAAUUGCUUAGGCUCAUCACAUUUAAAAGCAAAUUGUAAAAGUAAGAAAACUUGUCUCUUUUGCAAAAAACUUCAUGACACACUUUUGCAUAUGACAAGAACAUCUCAAUACCCAUCUCAGAAUAUUGAAAAAUCUGAAAAGAAAGAUAUUCCUAGAAAUGUUUCCGAAAAACCUUCCCUACAUGUUACUCAAAUACAUCAAACGAAUAAUCAAGUUGAAGGCCCUUCAGGAUCAAAACAAAUUCACGCUAAUUGUUCCACAAGUAACGAAAACAUUCUAUUACGAACUUCUUUAAUGCAAAUAGAGUAUAGAGGAGAACUAUUUACGAUACGAGCUCUAAUUGAUCCAGGUAGCCAACGAACCUUCAUAACUGGAAAAGUAAGAAACCGACUUCAACUUCCUUACCAAAAAUCUCACUUCGAAGUUAUAGGCAUUGGUGGGCAAAAGCAAUCUGCGAACAAAGAGUGCGAGUUCGUAUUGUACGCCAAAAGAUAUAAUAUACGAAUCCCAGUUAAAGCAAUAGUAUUGCCCAAAGUUACAAAACAACUUCCAGCGUUCAGUUUCGAAAUCCUUUAUUCAAUGCAACUUGAAGAAAUAGAUUUAGCAGACCCUACAUUUAACAAGACUUCCCAAAUAGAUCUGAUUCUAGGCAAUGAUUAUGAACAUUCAAUUAACAUUGCUGGUAUAAAGAAAAAUAUUUGUGGCCAAACAUCAGCCUACAAUACAAUUUUCGGAUGGGUACUUAGUGGACCCAUGAAAGCCCAAAUCGUUCAAUCUUUUACAACUACUGUUAUCCCUGCUGAUACGACAGAUCUCAAUACUCUCUUAAAGAGAUUCUGGGAACAAGAAGAAAUACCCUCAGCCCCUUCAAAUUCUGUUGAAGAUGAAAUUUGUGAACGUUUUUAUGCCCAAACGACUAAACGUAAUGAAAAUGGCAGAAACGUAGUAAGAUUGCCAUUUAAAAAAGAGUAUCCCGAAAAAAUCUUCCUUGGUUCGUCAAGAUUCAUUGCUCUAGCACAAUAUGCUAGAAUGGAGAAAACUCUAUCUAAAAAUCCCGAACUUCAUUCCCAUUACAUGGCAGUUCUGAACGAAUAUUUAGCUCUCGGUCACAUGGAAGAAACUUCAUCGCAAGAACAUAUGUCCCAAAAUAAAUGUAAUUCCUUCUAUUUACCACAUCAUGCCGUCGUUCGGCCAGAACAUAAAACCACGAAGGUUAGAGUUGUUUUCAACGCUUCACGAAAAACAAAAUCUCAAUUUGCUCUUAACGAUGUUCUCUAUACAGGCCCUACUUUACAAAACGAUUUGAUAACUGUAAUACUAAAUUGGAGAAAAUAUCAGUAUGUUUACAGCGGAGAUGUACAAAAGAUGUAUCGACAAAUUCUUGUACAUCCAGAAGAUAGACCCUUUCAAAAAAUUCUCUUCCAAAAUCAACCCGAUGGUCCCAUUACAGUUUAA